AUGGUAACGAGUGUAGAUCAUGAUCAAAAUUCCGGUUCCAUGGGGGAAAGUCAAUUAUGGGGUGAUCUCACAAAUUUAGAUAACAUUGGUGGGAGUAGCAAAAGAAACUUAGAUAUGAAUUCGUUGAAUCGGAACGAAGUAAUUAAUGAAGGAGGAGUAGUGCUUGUGAAUGGAAAACCAAGUCGAGGUGGGCUUGUUGAUAAGUCAACCAUUGUGGAUGCAGCAGUGAAAGAAAUAAAAAAUUUACAACAGAUUCUUGAAAAUCUAGAAAAGAAGAAGAAAGACAAGCUUAGAUCUAUGUCCCCAUUUGUGAGUGAGUCUUCAUUUGUGAUGAACUCCCAAUUGAAUUCAUAUGAAUCAACGAAAACUAUCAUAAUUGAUCAGGGGUCCUAUAUUUAUAAUAAUUUUUCCGAUUAG